UAGACGAGCACAUGUCCAAACAGCAAGAUGGCAGACGAAAAGAAAAGCAUCGACUCUCCGGUAGAUAAAGUGGACGAUCUCAAAAUGUCCAGAGGGGAAAAACCAGAAAUUGUUGUGGACUUAGAAAAACUACACGACUUGUUUGUAUAUGAUGAAAUGGAAAACAAAAUUCGUUUCUCGGAUAUCUACAAACACCAGAAAACAGUUGUUGUUUUCAUACGGCACUUUCUUUGCUUUGUAUGCAAGGAUUACAUGGAAGAUUUAGCAAUCAUCCCCCUUGAAUACCUUCAGGCUGCUAAUGUAAGAAUCGUUGUGAUAGGACCAGCUCCAUGCAAGUUUAUAAAGCCAUUCAAAAAGGAGACUGGUUUUAAUUACACACUGUACACUGACCCAGAGAGAGAGAUCUACAAAGCCCUCAACCUAAAGGAAAAGAUGGAGCAUGGUGAUGAUAAAAAUAAUAAGCAUGUCAAGCAGAAUGUGAUCAUGGGAGUGUUGAGGAGUACAUGGAAGGCGAUGAGAGUCCAGGAGUAUGAGGGCAACAUUAAACAGCAAGGGGGAGCCUUUGUUCUAGGACCGGGUGAUGCUGUACACUUUGCCCACAUUGAUGAAAACUCACUGGAUCAUACGCCGAUCAAUGACCUCCUUGAGAAGGCAGGAGUUGCUGCCGUCAGUUUCCCUAAAGACAAGAGAGUACAGCAUAUAUAAAUCCUCCACACUGACUGAUCACCACAAUGCUUUGAUGUGAUGCAAGUUCCUUUAUAAAACCCUCCACAUCUGAAUGACUACACUGUUGAAAAAUUAUGGAAAUAUGCAAUUAUGAUUUUUUUGUGUUUCUUGAUGGACUAAUGGUAUGUUCUUUUGAUAUUCAUUUCAAAAUUAACUCAACAAAUGAUAUUCUUUAAUUGCAUAAAUAGAACAAUUCUUUCAAAAGUUGAUAAGUUAUGUCCUGGUAAAAUUCAUGGACUCUCAUGAAAGGUAAAAUUUAAUUUGAAUUAUGAAAACAUUGAUAGACAGAUGUGGUGCCUUGUUCGUUUUAAUAUUUGAUGAUUCCAGAUGUUCCUAUGCCAUACAAUACGUUAGAGAACAGUAGCUUUACCACACAGAAAGAUAUCAUACAGUAAUAUAGACCUUACGAUAACAAACCAUACACUAACAAACCAUACACUAACAGACCAUACACUAACAGACCAUACACUAACAAACCAUACACUAACAGACCAUACACUAACAAACCAUACACUAACAGACCAUACACUAACAGACCAUACACUAACAAACCAUACACUAACAGACCAUACACUAACAAACCAUACACUAACAGACCAUACACUAACAGACCAUACACUAACAAACCAUACACUAACAGACCAUACACUAACAAACCAUACACUAACAGACCAUACACUAACAGACCAUACACUAACAAACCAUACACUAACAGACCAUACACUAACAAACCAUACACUAACAAACCAUACACUAACAGACCAUACACUAACAAACCAUACACUAACAAACCAUACACUAACAGACCAUACACUAACAAACCAUACACUAACAGACCAUACACUAACAGACCAUACACUAACAAACCAUACACUAACAGACCAUACACUAACAAACCAUACACUAACAGACCAUACACUAACAGACCAUACACUAACAAACCAUACACUAACAGACCAUACACUAACAAACCAUACACUAACAGACCAUACAC